ACGCGCUUAUAUUUAAGCAAGUUACACCUGCGAUUAGAGUUAUUAAAAACAAACUAUUGAGGGAAACUAUACCGAAGUUUUCGCUCGUACUGAUAACUCAUAAUGACUACGUACACGGAUAAAGGCCCGAAGCCAUUAGGAGGGAAAUUCUUGGGCUUCGAUCAUAUAACGUUUUGGGUCGGAAAUGCGAAACAGGCUGCCAGUUAUUAUUGCACUAGGUUGGGCUUUGAACGUUUUGGAUAUCGCGGUUUAGAAACUGGUUCAAGGCACGUGGCGUCCCAUGUUGUUAAACAAAAUCAGAUUAUUUUUGUAUUCGAAUCAGCCUACGAAAGUGACAAUGAAGAAAUGGCAAGUCAUAUUUCGCGACACGGGGACGGUGUUCGUGAUGUUGCCUUUAAUGUUGAGGAUAUCGAUGUCAUCGUAAAGAUCGCGAAGGAAAGAGGUGCUGAAACAGUGAAGGACAUAUGGGAAGAGAAGGACAAGUACGGCGUUGUAAAAUUUGCCACUUUAAGAACUUAUGGAGAUACACAUCACACGCUCAUAGAUAGAUCAAAAUAUAAAGGAGUCUUCCUACCAGGAUUUCAACAACUACCAGUAGAUACAUUUUCAAAGAGUUUACCAAAGGUUGGAUUAAAUUUCGUGGAUCACAUUGUUGGGAAUCAACCUGAUAAACAAAUGGAGACUGUUGCAAAGUGGUAUGAGCACUGUCUGCAGUUUCAUCGUUUUUGGUCUGUAGAUGAUACUCAAUUGCAUACAGAAUUUUCUGCACUACGUUCGAUUGUCAUGACUAAUUGGGAGGAAACUGUUAAAUUGCCUAUUAAUGAACCAGCUCCUGGGAAGAAACGUUCUCAAAUUCAGGAAUACGUGGAAUACUAUGGGGGAGCGGGAGUUCAACACAUUGCCCUUAAUACCAACAACAUAAUUGAAGCUAUACAAAAUUUACGUGUUAGAGGCAUAGAGUUUCUGGAUGUACCAGACAGUUACUAUGAUAUGUUAAGAGAUCGAUUGAAGGCUAGCGGUGUAAAAAUUUUAGAAGACCUUAACACGCUUCAGAAAUUAAAAAUUUUAAUUGACUACGACGAAAACGGAUACCUUUUACAAAUAUUUACUAAAAACAUGCAAGACCGACCAACGCUUUUUAUUGAGGUCAUUCAAAGGCGCAAUCAUAAUGGAUUCGGAGCUGGAAACUUCCAGGCGCUAUUCGAAGCUAUUGAAAUGGAGCAAGCUAAACGUGGGAAUUUAUAAAAUAAUGUAGACAGUAAUUCUACUAAUUGCGAUAAAAAUAUAAUUAUAUAUAUAGGCAGUUUGCAUUUAAAAAAUUUAUAUAAUAAAAUAUCACAAACGUGAUAAAGAAACAAUUUUCCUUUACUUUUCAUAUAUAUUAUUAAUUCAUAUUAUAAUUAAAAUUUUUUAAUGUUGCACAUUGGAGAAUAGAAACAUCGCAUUAUUAAUUCCAGAUGUAUUUAAUGGCCAAUAUCUGUUUUACAAAAAUACACACAGCGUGAAGGUGUAAAAUAUGUAACAGUACAAUUUGGAGCAUUAUAAUCGACCAUUAAAUUCAAGUAUUAUGUAAUACUAAUCUAUUAUAUUGUGGUGUCAUAUCGUGAAUGUGUAACCAACAAUAGGCAUACUUAAAAAUGAAGAAAUUCAAGAAAGCGAGACAAUU